AUGAUAAGAACUGCUUUAAUAUUUGUCUUGAAUGUGAUCUUUGGCUUUGCCUUGUGGAUUAUUUGGAAGAGUAGUUGCAAGAAGAUUUUUUAUGUUAAUCUGGAUCAUUGCUUUCUUUAUGGAGUUUGUCUGCCAAGCUGCGAGCUUGCUAAGGUGGAAGCCCUUUUGAAUUGUAAGUUUCGUCCUUCUAGGUGGUGGAAAUUGAAUACUGAUGGCUGUAGGAAAGGUGAGGAAGGGAAUAUUGGUGCUGGAGGUCUAAUAAAAAAUUCUAAUGGUGAUUGGGUUGGUGGCUUUUUUGGUAAUAUUGGGAUUGGCUCUGUUUUACAGGCUGAAAUUUCGGUUGUUCUUUUUGGCUCAAGGCUUGCAAGCCACAAUCCAAUUUUUUUUCCUUUGAUUGUGGAACCUAAUUCUAAGUUGGUUGUUACGUUGGUGAAUGACUCUAGUUGUGACCCUUUACAUCCUCUCUUUAGCCUUAUUUUCUGUUGUAAAUCUCUCAUGUCUUGUGGUACAUGCCGUAUUCAACAUGCCUACAGGGAAAGUAAUUCUAUUGUUGAUUUACUUGCUUUUAUUGGGAUCGCGGAGCCUUCGGGCUCCAUAUUUGGGACACUCACUCUGCUGCUGUGA